CCCACCCAUUUUUUCUCACUCAACUGUCAACUCCAUUGCAAUUUCCAAACGAACAAACAUCACCCUUAUUAUUUUUGUCAAACAAAAAAAAAAAUCAUAAAAUGUCAAAGCAGUUUCCUUAGGUUAGGAGAGAGAAAAACUCCGGCGUAAAACCCACCAUGAUUUCCCGAUUUACCCCUGAUUUUCCCGUCUAUCCCCUUUUUUCUUCUCCUUCUUCCGGCUUUACUCUCGUCGGCGCUAACCACACCUCCGCCAGGUUCUGCUCCCGUUAGACCUUACUUUCUCUCUCCUCUUCAACUGCACAGCAUUCAAAAACAAUUAUUUUUUUACAUUUUUUUUCUGCAAUUGUAAAGAGAAAUUAAAUUCUUCGAAUUUGUUUGUACUUUUUUUUUUUGAAAUUUUAUCUGUAGAAUUUUCGAUUUUCUCUAUGAAGAAGCUUCCACACACCACUGAAACUGUGUUAAUGGAGUUACCGACGAAGCCGAGCUUUCUACGAAACUUCAUGGUGAAGAUUUUGUUAUUCUGUGUUUUCAUCAUCUGCUUUCGAUUUGCCUAUGUCGUAACGAUUCGAGGCGAAUCUUGCGAUGUCGGCGAUUUCUGCUUCUUUUCCUUACCGGAAACCUUUAAUCUCGCCGGAACUACGACAAUCUCCGCCGUUUCAUCUGCCGCUGUUGUUUCAAGCGACGCUGUCUCCACCGAUCGGGGAAACAUCCUCUAUACAAGCAGAAAUUGGCGGAAAUCCGUCCAAUACUACUCUUCGGUAUUCCAAGAUUUGAUUGCCGAAGGUUUUCUCUCUCCUGAAUCGAAGACUCUCUGCGUCGACACGCCCUUAGGGCAAGAGGUCUUUGCAUUGAAGGAGCUUGGAGUUUCUGACGCCGUUGGAGUGUCGAAGAAGGCGGCGAAACCGUUGGUGGUCGCUCUGAAGAGUAACGGCCGUCGUCAGCCGUAUGAUAAUAACACCUUCGAUUUCGUGUUCUACGGUGGUGGUGGAAGGAUUGAUAAUUUGAGCAGAUUCGCUGAAGUUGCAGAGGAAAUUGGAAGAACACUGAAGCCCGAAGGGUAUUUGGUUGUUCAUACAAGAACAAAUGAUACGUAUAGCUUACAUUCCUUAAUUGCUUUAUUCAAUUCUUGCACAUUUAUUAAAUCCCAUGAAAUUCAAGGUCUUGAUAGUGAUAAUGAUGGGGAUAGUUUCAUAAUACGGGAAAUAGUGAUGAAGAAAGAGGGAGAUGGUUCUGAUGUGUAUAGUAGUAAGGAGUGCUCGGUUGUCCCGGGGUACAAGCAAGAGAUAGUUCGAAAAGCGGAGGAAUUGAUACCAAAGGAGCCAUUGAAACCUUGGAUUACACUAAAAAGGAAUAUACAGAAUGUGAAGUAUUUGCCUUCAAUGGUGGAUAUUAGUUUUAAGAGUAGGUAUAUAUAUGUAGAUGUAGGAGCUAGGAGUUAUGGUUCAAGUAUUGGGAGUUGGUUUAAGAAGCAAUACCCGAAACAGAACAAGACUUUUGAGGUGUAUGCAAUUGAAGCUGAUAAGUCGUUUCACCAGGAGUAUGAGGCUAAGAAGAAGUGGGUGAAUUUGUUGCCUUAUGCUGCUUGGGUGAAGAAUGAGACCUUGUUUUUCGAGGUUAAUCAUGACCCCGGGGAUGAUCUUCAGGAGAAAGGGAGUAAAGGGAGAGGUAUGGGAAGGAUAAAGCCAGUUCAAUCUCAUGAUGGGGUGUCAAAUGGUGUUGAUAAGAUAGAAGGGUUUGACUUUGCUGAGUGGUUGAAGGCGACUGUGACUGAGAGAGACUUUGUGGUGAUGAAGAUGGAUGUUGAAGGGACGGAAUUUGAACUUAUUCCUAGGUUGUUUGAGACCGGGGCAAUUUGCUUGAUUGAUGAGAUCUUUCUGGAGUGCCACUACAACCGAUGGCAGAGGUGUUGCCCGGGCGAAAGGAGUGCCAAGUAUGAGAAGACGUAUGAACAGUGCUUGAACCUGUUUACUUCUCUCAGAGAGCGCGGCGUUCUUGUGCAUCAGUGGUGGUGAUCUUUGGUAACAAACCAUAUUUGAAUGUCUUUUUAGCCUUUUCUUGUACUUUGUCAAAAUGCACUGUUUACUGGUAAAUGCAGUUCAUGUUUGUGUUUCCCAAUUAAUUAUACAUGUUAUCUUAAAAGGUUUACUUGUUAGUGAAAAAUUACAUUUUAUUUAGUGAUACCACAUUCUUUGA